CAUUGAUUGAACCAUUCCAAGUUUGAAACAUUUUCUCAAGUCUUAGCUUAUCUUUGUUUGUUUUUUUACAUUUUUGUUGUUCUACACCAAAAAUACUGCAAAUCAUGGCUCUCUUGUUGAAGGAAAACCCAGGAUUGAUCGAUGGAAGCAAAGCAAUGGAAGAAAUCGGAAUCCCCGAAAUGAAUGCUGCUGUUUUAAUGUCGUUGUUAGAGGAAUCACAUUGUGAGGAGUACUACAACGAGGAGCAAGUCAAUAGUUUAAUGGAAUCUCUCGAAGCUGAGAUUCGAAUGGCAAACCUUGGUUCUUGCAGUAUCGUAGGAGACGUUGAACGCAAUGGUAGCUCCGAAUGGUCGGAAAUGGAAAUGAUGCCUUCGUCGCCUAGCGAUGACAUGAACUGGUGUGUGGAUGAUCAGUUUGAAGAGAUAUCGAUGGAUGAGUUGGUUCAGUUUGGAAAUGAUUUUGCUUUGAAUUGUUACGAAAUUCAGUCAGAAAAUAGCUUUAGUGCUAAUUUGUGGCAAGAGAUAUAUGAUACAGCUAUAUACAAUUAGAUUGUAUGUAUAUAUAUAUAUAUAUAUAUA